AUGAGUGGAGAAGCUCAACCUUUAACAGUUUCCGCUUUUAUUGGUGAAACUAUCGCUUCGGAACAAAAUGAAAGCUCUAAUUCUACUGUGAGAGAACUUCAAACGGGUCUAACUACCAUGGAGGAGUACUUGAAUGAGAAUGAAGGUCAACUUUCUCGCAAAAGAAAGCAAAAUGAUGAUUCUGACUCGGAAGGGAAUGCCGAGCCUUCUGAGGUAGUAGCGAGCACUGAACACAAGAAACCGUCUUAUACAUAUUCGUCCCUUAUCGGGCAGGCACUUCUUGCGUCUCCCAACAAGAAGUUGCCGUUAAACGAAAUUUAUUUGUGGAUAUCUCGCACUUACCCAUUUUAUUCGAUGACCAAGAAGGGAUGGCAGAACUCGAUUCGUCAUAACCUGACUCUAUGUCCUGCAUUCCAUAAAAUGGAGCGUGACGAUGGUGUAACUGGAAAGGGUUCCUUUUGGACGAUCCCCGAUGAGUAUGAAAAGUGUUUUGUCAAUGGAAUUUAUAAAAAUGAUAAACCUAAAGAGGCGAGAAAGGCAAAACGUGCAAAGACAACCAAUGAUCUGUCAGCUGAUAACCUGACCCCAAACAACUCCGUAAUGCAGAUCCAAACAGCCAACAACGUGUCCAUAUCAAAUUCUUGUCAGAAUACAUCACAAUCGCAUGAAGAACGAUCGGCUUUUGAUCCGAUAAUAUGGCCCUCGCAGGCCUUAAAUUUGAUUUCAAGCCCAACGAAGCUUUCUUCACAGAACGAUCAACCUGUAUCGACUCCGAUGUCACAAACUCAAAACGGCCAAUUGACUUCUGUCGGCAACUCCAUAUCACCCUAUUUGGCGUCAAUCUUUAAUAAUGCUAAUUUGCUUUCACAACCCACCUCGGGAGCAUCUGAACUAGCAUCCCAGUCUGGUACACCUGAUGCCCUGCAAUUUCUUACCGAAACGGCUGCCUUAAUCUUCGACGACGAACAGUCCAGCUCUGGCUCCAUUAGUUUCGAACAAGGAACCACACCUUUUAAUCCGAUUCCACAUGAUCAAGCUGAUUCUGAGUUCCCUGAUUUGUCACUUAACGCCGAAUCUAUGAUUUUAUUUGAUUUAACUCAUGGGAAUCCUACUGACGUAAGCUUGGCGGAAUCUACGCGUGACGAACCAUCGGGGGCCAAUUCAGAAUUGCAAUUUCUGUCUACUCAAUACGACACAGCGCUUGGUGACUCUAUAUGUUCUAGCUUGAUGAUGCAGAAUCCCGAUGUGUCAGCUCUCAUUGACGAGCAAUUUAACAUCCAGGAGGACGAUCAACUUCUCAACACUAGUGCUGAUUUGAAUUCUAUCUGUGAUUUGGCUUUAAAUGGUUCGAUUAACAACUUGAAUCCAGGAAUCGAUUUCCAUCAGUCCAUUCCUGUUGAUAAUAAUAAAAAUGAUUAUAUGUCACCAUUCGCCUCCGAUGGUAAUGGGUUCUCAUGCAGUCUCAGCAAGACCUAUCGUGAAUGUCGGGAUCUCAGCAAACUUGGGUCAAGCGAAAGAAGCAUCAAAUCCAUUAAAAAGUCUCCCCAGUCACGUAACAAGAGAAUUCGUGAUACAGCGAAGAUUUCAGUGAAAACUUAUAAAGUUAUUAUGGAUUUACUAUCCAAAAUGCCCGAGUCCGACAGCAAACCUAAGUCCGUAAUUCCUAUGAAGGAUUGGGUUUAUGAGUCUCCAUCAUAUUGUGUCAACAUGCGUGACGUGGAGUUCGCGUACCUUGAAAUCACCAAAGACAUUGAACAAAAAUUUCAAAGUGAUUUCCGCGCAGAAGCUAAAUGUCAGGAAUUCGGAGUUGAAAUGAUGCAUUUUUACAGUGAAGAUCCGUUACUGGACUACAAUCAAGGACGAUUCUUCCUUUCUAGUCUAAACUCUCCUGAAAUAGCUGAUAUUCCCGACUUUUGUUAUACUAAAUAUAUGGACCCUGAGAAACUAACCCAAGUGGAUCUAGACACCAGGGACUUAAAUUAUGUGGACCAAGGCGUCUAUAAUUUUUGGUAG